AAAAAGGAUGAACCUGCUUGAGGGCCGAUCAGUUGACUGUCUAACCUCAAACAAAGAAGAUGAAACGGUGUCAGUUUCAAGUGCUUUUGCUCCUGCUCCUGGUGGUCCACGAAGGAUUCGCUGUUCCAGCUCUGGACAGUUCCCCCUCAGCUGCCACGCCUAAUACCAUCGAGGAGUCGGAUAAGUUGCCCGAAGGAAGUGGUGAAGCCGCGACCAACGAUGCUGCUCUCACCAGUACCAAGGAUAAAGUUAUCCAAGAACCGGAAUCCUCGGAGGCAUCCACGCCUGAUAAUGUGGCCAGUGGCAGUAGCAUCGACCCCACCACUAUCUAUGCCGGCGGUGUCCUUACGCCGGAGGUGUUCCAGCAGUAUCUGACCCAGUACGGCGCCUAUCCGCCAUUUGUGGGCGCCUACCCGGCCCCCGUAGGCGCUGCAGCUCCUGGCAUUUAUCCCUACCCGGGUCCCAUUGUCGUCCAGACCGGCUACGAGGGAUUCCUGGUGCCCGCCAAUGCCGUGGGGCAGUCCGAUACCACCACCGUGGUGGCAUCCGCCGACACUUCUUCCUCUCCCAAUCCCCUUUUGGCCUUUGCCUCUAAGUUUCUUCCUUCAAUUCUGAUGUCCUCGCUCUUCCGCAUAGUCGCCGUUGUCCUGUCCACUAUUGGAAUCAUCCUGUUUGGCAGUUCCAUCGCCAGUGCCUUGUGCCGAGUAACGCCCAUCUGUGAUAUUCCCGCCCAGGCUGUCAAUAUCCUGCGAACCGGUGGCGCCCAGGAUGUGGGUCGAAUGCUGGCCGAAGAAAUCACGCCGGAACGAGUGCGACGUGCCAGCGUUUUUGUCCAGAACGCCAUCAAGAAGUACCAGCAACUGCAGAAGCUAGUGGACGCAUCCGAGGUGUCCACCACCUAGGCGAUGGUGAACUGGGAUUUAGUUUUAGUGUCGGCUCGUAAACUAAGUGGAAUGCAAAACAAUACCUUUAAUGACGCCAUAAAACCGAUUUCACUUUUUUCUGUCACAGGGGUAGCUAUAAUAGUUUGUAAGAAGAAUAAAAUAAAAAACACUAAACUUAAAA